AUGGACACAAACCAUGAACUUGCCAACAACAUCACCAUUCGAAACCCUUCUCGAGAUGAUGAUGAUGUUGGACUUGAACCCAAACCAACACCAAUUCUCACCAAAAAGAAGAAUCAUGGUCCAAUGCGUGCUCUUAGAGUCGCACUUCACAUGAUGCGAGGAAAUUCUAAAAAACCAAACGUGGUUUCUACAGAUGAUGAAUCCAAGAAUCUUUGGAAGAAACUCGUGGGGUCAAUGAGACCAUUACACCUCCAAAGCAACCAUUCCCCACGAUUAUCUUCUCAAUCCAAAAGCCAGAGAUUCGAUCAAACAAUCGCUCUGCCACCGCCUUCUCCGUAUGAGUCAACCGGCGGUAGCAGCGCGUUUGUCGACUUUUCAACAGACGAUGAGCCUUUCUCGCCUUUUUCGCCAUCACCGGCUAGUAGCCGUUACGCAUCGGCUAUAGGGUUGAACGAACUCGUGACGAGUGACGAGGAGAAUGAUCGGCCCGGAGUGAUUAAGGAGGAGUGUAACGUCGAAAACGGGGACGGGGACGAGAAGAUUGAUUCUAAAGCUGAAGAUUUUAUUGCUCAAUUUUAUCAUCAAAUGAGGUUGCAACGUUUGAAUAAUGUGCAUCGUGAUUAUCAAAAGCGAAGUGAAAGGUCAUUAGGAUGGUGA